AUGUUACCUCAAUUAGGUCAUUUACCUCGAUUCAUCCGACUCACCUUACUCAUCACUCUCUUAAUAGUCAUACCAACAUUAUAUUUCCUAUACCCUACACCUGAGAGACUACCUUCACCAGGUGAAUAUCAAGCAGGAGGUAUAGAUUCGGAACAUUGGAGGAAACCUAUUAAUCCAGAUUUCCCUAAUGUACAUGAAGAAGUUAGAGAAUGGGAUGAUGAAUUACCUUUAGGAAAUAUUAAUAACAAAGCAUGGAAGGGGUUGAGUGAAGAUACGAUCAAUGGUGGGGUUAUCAUGCCGAAAUUAGGUAAUGAGACUGCAAAAGCCGAAUUAGGUAGAUCAGCUUGGAGGGUGUUACAUCUCAUGACUUUACGAUAUCCCGAUGAACCAACCGAAGACGACCGUCAAGCUCUCAAAUCGUAUUUCCACCUCUUCUCACGUUUAUACCCUUGUGGAGAGUGUGCAGCAGAAUUUCAAAAAUUACUCAAAGAGUAUCCACCUCAGACCGGUUCACGUAAAUCCGCAAGUUUAUGGUUAUGUCACGUCCAUAAUUUAGUGAAUGAACGAUUGGGUAAACCUGAAUUUGAUUGUUUGACUUUAGAUGCGACGUAUGAUUGUGGCUGUGGUGAUGAGUCUUCGACUGUCACCACACCAAAUCAAGCUGAGAAGACUGGUUCAGGAGAGGUAGAUGAAGAGGGUGAGAGAGAUUUGAAAGAUACAGAACAAGAAGGUGAACUGGUGAUGGGACAUGGUGGUGGGGAAAUACAUUUGAAACGACCAUCGAAAGAGAAAGAGGAAGAAAAGGGUAAAUGGACUGAAAAGAAUCAGAACCUUGUGGACAUCGAUGAAGGAGAAAGACCGAUACAUAAAAUACCUCAUAAACCCGUUAGACCAGCUUUCCAAGACCAAGACGAAGAAGAAGAGGAGGAUAGUGAUAGAGGGAAAGGUAUAAUAAAGUGGAAAGAAGUCACACAAUCAGAUGAUAGUGAGAUGAAUAUUCAAUGGGAGAACGAAAAGUUCAACAAGGAGAAGUUACUCGAUGAGAGCAAUGAACAUAGAGGAGAUCUGAAUAGACAUGAUGGAUCGAGGAUCAAGGUGGAGGAUGAGAAUGAAGAUGAACUGCGAUGGGAUGAGUAG